CAGAAACAGAGAGCUGAGGGCCUAAAACUCCCCACCACACCCAGGAUGCCUUCCAAACCACGUUUCUCUCUCUCUCUCUCUCUCUCCUCCAUGCCACUAUAUAGAGGCUUCUGUUCCUCGUAACAUUUUUUUUCUUAACAUCUGUCCAAUCCCUCUGAGAUCUUCAGGUUCAUAGCCCCUCUUCCCUCUUCCCCUGUGUCUCUCUUCACUCAUUCAAAAUUCAUUGGAGAAGAACUCCACCCAGUAGUCCCAACCCUCUUGUCAAUUCAAGUGUUUUAGCUUGACCCCCCCUCGAUCUGAAAUUCAGAGAUUUUCAGGUCUAAUUUGGGCUCUCUGGGUUGUUUUGCUGAGUUGAAUUCCAUAAUUUAGAACUCAUUUCUUAGUGUUGUGUUGAGAUUUUUAGAGGGUUCAGUUCUUUGGAAUGGAGAAUUACUCAUUUCCCAUGAAGGAGGAUGAGCAGAUGGAGUUGCCACCGGGGUUUCGGUUUCACCCCACCGACGAGGAACUCAUAACUCACUAUCUGUCCCAGAAGGUCCUCGACAGCUGCUUCUGUGCCAGAGCUAUCGGUGAGGUUGAUUUGAACAAGUGUGAGCCUUGGGAUCUGCCCUGGAAAGCUAAAAUGGGGGAAAAGGAAUGGUAUUUCUUCUGUGUCAGGGACAGGAAAUACCCAACUGGGUUGAGGACGAACAGGGCCACUGAAGCUGGUUACUGGAAGGCCACAGGCAAAGACAAGGAGAUUUACAGAGCCAAAACAUUGGUUGGAAUGAAGAAAACUCUAGUUUUCUACAGAGGAAGGGCUCCUAAAGGAGAAAAAUCCAAUUGGGUCAUGCAUGAAUACAGAUUAGAGGAAAAGUGCUCCUAUAAUCUUCCCAAAGCAGCCAAGAAUGAAUGGGUUAUUUGCAGGAUUUUUCAGAAGAGUGCAGGAGGAAAGAAAACGCAUAUUUCAGGAUUAGUGAGGCUGGGCUCUUACGGAGAUGAACUGCGUCCUUCUGUACUGCCGCCAUUAAUGGAAACCUCCCCGAACAGUGGUGAAACAAGAAACGCAGCUUGUGAGACACCCCACGUGACCUGCUUCUCCAAUCCAAUGGAGGACCAGAAAAGCCAGACACGCAUGAGCAUGAUCGAGAGCUUCAACCCUUCUCUCAUGGCUUCUUCAUCUUCCUCAAACCCUGCAUCCAUAUCCCCUGUUUCGCUACUCUCCGCCAAAAUCCCUCCCCCUGGCUCAUUCGGCAUCAAUCAAAUGACACCCAGUGUGGGGAAUUUCGUGUACCCAGACCCUGUAUUGAUGUCAGACCAGUCUAUCUUGAGGAUGCUGCUCGAAGGCCAUGGAUUGAACGCGAAGCAGAGCUCAAACGCAGAGUUUGAGUUCUCGCAGGAAACGGGGGUCAGUACAGACAUGAACACUGAUAUCUCGUCCGUUGUGUCGAACCAUGAGAUGGUUCACGGGUCUUUUGAGGAUCAAGAUGAUCCAGCUUCUGCUGGACCAGUGGACCUCGACUGUCUCUGGAAUUACUGAGCUUGAAGAUGAAAACAGGGCGGUGAAAGAAGAAGGAAAUAGCAGAGUUAAUGUGGGGAUAAGAAACAGGGGAUUUGAGCAAUUAUUAUAGUUAUAUAUAUUAUAUAUUGGGUGUGCAUAGAUUUUCUGAAAUACAAAAAAUAAGAAGGAAAUAUGAUGUACUUAGGAAGUUUAAAUUCCAUUUUUAGAGGCCGUUUUAAUAAUUUUUAUUAUUAUUUUUAUGUUUUUUUUUUUUUUUUUGGGGAAAGGGAUUUGGGUCUCUCUUAUUUAGUUCAUGUCUUGCUAAAUUGUGAAGUUGUGUGUAUACAGAAUUCUUGACAUGGAACCAUUUUUAGUGCAUCCAUUAUGGGACCUCUUUUCGUUA